CACACAGUCAAUUAAUUAUGUGCGAAUGUGGGGGGGAUGGUUCGUUGUUAAAAAUAGCCUGCCACUUGAGGAUGAGGCGCCGAAAUGAACUGGUUGCUGCUUAUUGAAACUUACUGGGAGCAGAUGCGAAAAGAUGCUUCACCCUCAUCUAACCUCUCGUGGAUCGGUUCACUUCUCUUUAAAUCUUCCAGGAAUGCAUGAUACACAACCUGAAAAUACUGCAUCAGACAUUUACAGAUUCACAACGAAAAUAAUCGAACAUUAAUUUGCCAUAUGUGUUUAAUUGAAUUCGUUAUAAAAACGUUGACUUCGAUAAGAAGACAACAGAGGAAUCUAGCAACUGCUUGUUGAUGGCACUACGCGCCGGGAGGACUUGGUUUGGGCAGGUAUUGCGCAGAGUUUCUAGGCUGCAGGGCUCGUGGUCCCGGAGAUCGAGCAGUCUCCUGUGUCUCUCUGCGAACCCGGAGCAGGAUCUGGGGACCUGUUACAGGGAUCACACUCUUAGCAAUCUCCACUACUGCUCCUCCGUCCAGCGCACCCACCGUCACCAACACGCGCCAGUCUGUCCCUCCUCUUCCAGCCGCUGCCAACGCUUUCCCGAUUGCUGCGCAGCCUUCCCGGGGGAUACGAGGGGACAUGAGCCCCUCACUCGCCGGAUCCUGGUGGUCAUGAAGCGGCAGAACGUGCGGACCUUGUCCCUGAUCAUCUGCACGUUCACGUACCUGCUGGUCGGGGCCGCGGUGUUCGAUGCCCUGGAGUCAGAUUUCGAGAUGCGGGAGAAAGAACAGCUGGAGGCAGAGGAGAAGCGUCUCCAAGGGAAAUAUAACAUUAGCGAGGACGACUACCGCAAACUGGAGACCAUCAUUAUGGAGGCCGAGCCCCACAGGGCUGGGGUUCAGUGGAAAUUUGCUGGAUCUUUUUACUUUGCCAUCACAGUCAUCACCACCAUAGGUUAUGGCCAUGCAGCUCCCGGCACAGACGCGGGGAAGGCCUUCUGCAUGUUCUAUGCCGUCUUGGGGAUACCCCUGACCCUGGUCAUGUUCCAGAGCCUGGGCGAGAGGAUGAACACCUUCGUCAAGUCCCUCCUGAAGCGCAUCAAGAAGUGCUGUGGCAUGCGCAUCACCGACGUUUCCAUGGAGAACAUGGUGACGGUGGGGUUCUUCUCCUGCAUCGGGACGCUGUGCAUCGGGGCAGCCGCCUUCUCCCACUACGAGGACUGGAGCUUUUUCCAGAGCUACUACUACUGCUUCAUCACACUGACUACCAUCGGCUUCGGGGACUUUGUGGCUCUGCAGAAGAACCGGGCCCUGCCGAGGCCCCUGUACGUGGCCUUCAGCUUUAUGUACAUCCUGGUGGGCCUGACUGUCAUAGGAGCCUUCCUCAACCUGGUGGUGCUGAGGUUCCUGACCAUGAACAGUGAAGACGAGAGGCGGGAUGCCGAGGAGAGGGCCUCGCUGGCGGGGAACAGAAACAGUAUGAUCAUCCAUAUCCAGGAGGAGACUCUGGGGAGAGGAGGAGGUGCCAGGAGGAGGCGCAGGGAAACGCAGGGCCAGUACUGCGCCGAGGUCACCGACCUGCCUUCUGUAUGCUCCUGCAUGAACUACCACUCACAUGAGUUUGGUAGCUGUGGGGGAGGGAUGGGAGGAGGGAUAGGGGGCGGAGGGAUGGGCUGUGCCUUCUCCCACCAGAACUCCUUUAGUUCCCAGUUGAACCCCCACCAGUACUUUCACUCGGUGUCGUACCGCAUCGAGGAGAUCUCUCCCAGCACCCUAAAGAACAGCUUCUUCCCCUCGCCCAUUAGCUCAGUCUCCCCAGGCCUCCACAGCUUCACAGACAAUCACCGACUCAUGAAGAGAAGGAAAUCUAUCUGAGCCAAGUGCAACAUAAUGUUUUGAACUACAUGUUGCAUUUCAAUGUUCUAGCCUAAAUGGUAAAACGUUGAAUUGGAACAGAUCAUUAGACUGGGUUGGCUCAUCUACACAGACAACUCCUAGCUUUCCUUUUUUAUAUACAAGUACAAUGCAUCUUCAAUGCUGCUCCAAACCAAAUCUCAUUUUAGCACUUUUGUUUUGUUUCUUUUGGUUGGUCUAAGGAUAUAAUAUAUUGAAGCGAUUCACAGGGAUUGAUUGAAGAGGAAGGAGCGUUGGAAAGAAAUGGCAAACUUGUUGGACAUGAAUUAUUACAUUCAUUUCUUGUGAGAGAUUCAAAGCAUGAAGCAUGGAUACUUAUUGUCCCAUCAGAGAAAUACUAACCAGAACCAACAGAUCUUGUUAUACAUUCUCUUAUUGCCGGCUCACAAAGAUGAUAUAGCACCUUGGUAACAAUGUACCAAAUGAUGCACACUUAGCAUUAUAAGGAGGAUAUGUAUUUUUAUUAUGUGAGCAUGCCUGUUUCACCUUAACUUAAAAUGAUUGCAGUUAAGUGCUUUUUCUCCAUUGCAUCAUUGCAGACAGAGAUGAUACAAUUAUGAAAUGACAUCAGGUAUUAUUUUCUAUAAGCAAUUCUAGGGAAAAAAUGUAAAUGAUUUGUUCACAGAACAUCAUGCCAACAUAUCGUUGCCAAUCUUAGCAUGUGCAUUAGAUGUCAUCAAAUGAGUGUGCCAUAAUUAUUUUAUUUCUUUUGUUAUUUUUUUUAAACAGCAGAUUUGUGUUAUUAUGUAUGGUUUGUGUCUGUAGAUGUUUUCUUUCUGGAUUUCAGAUUUUUUUUAAAUAUAAUUCAAGAAAAUGUCAGUGUAAAAUAUGAGGAUGUGAAAAGGAAUAAGGACGGAUUUGAAGGCUUUCCAGUUCGAAAAAGUUGCUAUGUGCAUGUACUUUGUGAAACUGGUAUGCAUAUAGAUGAAUGGGGAAAAAUAAUAGCCUUGCAAUCGAAAUGAAUUUUGAUAGCAAAUAAUCAUAAUAAUUAUUUAAAAUAUACUUUAUUUAUUUAGCCACUUAAAAGUAAUGAUGUAUAGUGUAGGCUGAACAGUUUAUUCGCUUUUCCAUUAAUUUUUUCAUUCAGAAAAAUGGUACAAUAACCUUUGGUCUCAGGUUUUGAAUGGAUAGCCUCUUCAGGUUCUGCUCCCCGAAUCAAAUCACAGAAUAAAUCCCAUAAAUGCGAAUGCACCUGCCAAACAAAACAAUACAUAUUAAUUAAUUUAAAAAAAAUAGUACUCAUUUUCCAGGAAAAGGAUAUUGAGAUGCAUCAUCUUACUAAGGGAAACUUCCUGUACUAUAGAGAAGCGUGGGUUCAGUGUGCACGCACACACGCACGCACGCGCACGCACGCACGCACGCACGCACGCACGCACGCACGCACGCACGCACACACACACACACACACACACACACACACACACACACACACACACACACACACACACACACACACACACACACACACACACACACACACACACACACACACACACACACACACACACACACUGUAUCAAGCCAUAGAGGAGCAGGCCAUGGAACCACUGCUAUUCUGUAAGGAUAUUAAUGUUGAUGACAGGUGUAAUCCAAACUUCAACUGUGCCACUGAGAAUAUAUACACGCCUAUAGCCUACGAACACAAUGACAGGCAUUUGAGAUGUAUACAGUGAUGUUAUCACUGGCUGUCAUUUAAAUUCAAUGACAGCCAAAUGGCAAUCAAUGGGUGAAAAAGGACCAGAUGGAUUUCUGAAGGAGCAAUGCAAUACUGGGCAUUGAUUCAUUUAGAACAACAUGUGCCAUUUAAGUCACCCACAUUGAUAAGUGAUAAAUGCCAUGGAUACCUGCCAUGGAUACCAUUAGAUUUCCAUUGACCCAGGUUUAUUAGUAAUCAAAAGCAAUGUUGAAAAACUAAUAUUUGUGACCGUGUAAUGGAAACGGCAAAUAUUGGAGAAAUUGUCUAAAGAUCGACAAAAAUUGUAUCCAUUCUACAGGGGUGGAUUUUUAUUUUGUCUAAACUUUCUUCAUUGUGACAAAUGAUGACGGAAAUGGUGAUUUACGAAUAAAUGAUAACUGCCAAAUCAUUUUGUCAUCACGUAGGUUAACUAUAAAGCUUUACUACACAUUUCAUUCUAAAUGCAAACUGCUUGCAAAAUGUAUUUUUUCAACUAUAAAAAAAUGGUUUCUCUUCAGGAAAAGGACUGUCCUGACUUUCAAGAAUGCCUGAAUUGCUUCGCCUUGCUUUUCUGGCAAGUUUCACCGUCCAAUUAUAUCAGAUCUACAGUAGUUUCACCAUGGCAAGGACCUUGGUCGAUAUGUUGGCACAUGAGAAUUAUUACAAUAUGGCAAGUAUUAGUCAAUUACUGCAUUCUAUCCAUGCUGGCUUUCGCAGGCUACCUGAGACAUGAAAGAGAUUGGUGGGAGGGAAUACAGGCUGUCGUCAAUGUAUUAACAAGCAAAUUGAUUAAAAGGGUAAUGGAAACAAUUCAACCACUACAUUUUUAUUCGACACUAGGGUUAUGCGAAAAAAGUUGUUUUUGUUUGUUUGUUGAUGUGACGUCAUUACGUCCUUCUGUUUUUAUCGAAUAGAUAGUUCAAUGAAAACGCACCCGAGCAGACAACUGUCGCACAAACGGUAUUUUCUAUGCGAACUUUCUAAAUAUCGACAAAAUAAUCCCUGGACAGGUUAAUGGAAACAUAGCUUGUGUCUGUCUUGAAUGAGAAUAAAGAAAACUAUUGUAACAUUAACAUCCAAGGUUCUAGAAUGUUCAGAUGACCCCAGGAAUACACAUGUAAAUAUACAGUACUUUAUUUCAUAUAUUGUACGUUCUCAUCCUUUGGAAUAAAACGGCCUUUCCACAGCUCCGAUGCGUUACUAUUUGUACACAUUUUAGAAUAUGUGCCUUUAAGAAACGCUAUUUCAAUGUUUCUAUACCUGUAGGCAUAUUUUACAUCUGAGAAAUAAAUCCAACCUUUUUCCUUAUAAAAUAUGUAUCCAUCUCUAAGGAUUCAUGUAGCUUCAUACAAAUAACCAAAGCAAAAAUUGUUUCGUUUUUUUCGGCAAACCACACAGACACAAUCCAGCUGAUUUACAACGUCAAAAUUAUUUAUUUUGGCAGAACUGCCGUAGGUUUGUCCAAUUAUUGAGGAACAUUAUUUGGAAUAGCUGGAAAAUUCAUUAUUUUACAUUUUUGCGAAGAUACCACAUUAGUCUUUUCUUGGUGUAGCUGGUGGACAUGCACAUGGAUAUUAAGGGUUGAGAGUCCAUGUUAAAGCCAUUUUUAGCAAUUAUGAGUCAGUAUUGCAUAUAUUCAAUACAUCUCUAUAAUUGUAUUUGUAUAAAGUGCAUACCAGCAUUUGAAUGACUGAUCAUGCCAUAGUGAGGUGAUGCCAACAUGGUAAUGAUGUACAAUGAUUUACCAGAGAGUAAAACAAUCAAUGUUACUGCCAUGAAAUGUGCCAUAUUAACAUGCAUGGAUUAAUGCUGAGUGAGUCAACAAAUGUUUGUUAAGAACGAUAUCAAAUACAUUGUACGAAACGAAUUGAUUGUUGGUGCCAGCCUUUAUAUUAGUUGUUGAGUUAUCCCCGCUCUUUUGAAAUGAUAUGUUUACCUCCAAGCUGUGCAGCCAAACACUUAAAUAGUACCUGUAUGACUUGGCUGGUCUGGAUUGAGAUGGUUAUUGGUCGAUCGUUCUGGAUUCUGUAUAUCCUCCUGAUGCCUGGGGUUUAAUGUGUCCGAUAUCUCCAUGUGCUGGCCAGAUCUCUAUCUGUCCAGAUGUCCACAGUGCCAAGUUCUCCUAUCACUGGGACAAAGACACACAUAUUGCACAACUAACUAACUAUCUGUGUCAUAAUAAACUCUAGAAGGCUGUUGGGUUAUUUGUAUGAUUCCAUGUCACUUUUUCUUAAUAUCUCUAAUUUAUUUUAAUUUAAAAAAAGAUCCUUCCUUUGCAAUAUAAUAUAAUUAUGUUUUUUAGGUCUGACGAACAAAUGCCAUGUACCAUGUACCAUGUUUAUUUGAAAAUGAUGAAAAUGUUAAAUACAUACCAUCUCCAAAGGACAAUGUUAUAUCAAUUUGGUUCAACAAAUGACCAAAUUGACCCAAUUAACAUUUUUGUUUCACAGUUUUGUUAAACUAUUUUCACUCCUGAUGUCAAUACAUGCAGCGAUAUGGGCUUUCUCUUUUCAAUAAAUGGGAAAGAGCAACUUGUUGAGAGAGUAAACAACCAUUUAUGUUCAUGUUUUCAUUUUUGUGUGUGCAUGAUUUGGUGUGGUGACUUCCUGGUCAGGUGACCUGGGUGAAGCAAUGACACCACUUGAAUAAAAACGAUGA